AUGAGCCCUACGGAUCCUCUCCUGUCCCACUCUGGUCGCAAUGAAGCCUCGUUCCGGGGACAGCUGAGCCCUUGGGCGAAGACGGUAUCGCACGGGAGCGCACCGUUCAUAGCGACCUUCCUCCUCAUACACCUGACGCCUCCGGUUCUUGCCAACUUAGGCGGCUCCUCACUAGCAUCGCAAAUUAUGCUCCUCGGCCGCGAAUACUACCAGACCCCGUUCGGCGAGAAGUUUCUCGUGCUAGCACCCAUAGCUCUCCACGUCACAGCAAGCAUUGCGAGGCGUCUACUAUAUGUUCCUCCUCCACAGGCCGACCCAGCUCCUCUGACCGAGAAUCCGACGUUCGAACCCGCCCCGAAGCCCGCUCGCCGGAUCCGGCCCCUGACGUCCCUCCUCUCGCUCACCGGGCACGCCCUGGUCCCUCUGGCCCUCAUUCAUUUCCUCACUCACCGGAUCUACCCCGCCGACCCGUCUCCGCCCAUAUUCGCUGUCGGCCCUGCGCAGCUGGAUUACGAGUACGUCAAGACGGCCCUGCAUGGGUGGCCAGUGCGUACUUGGGCGCUCUAUACCGGUCUUGUGGGCGCCGUAGCACUGCACUGGGUCGAGGGAAUCAAUAUCAUCACCCGUACGUGGAUGCGCAAGCCGCUUAUACGCCAGAGGCUGAAGAGGCUCGUGUCGGCGUUGAUCGCGGCGCCUGUGCUGUCCGGGGUGUGGUUCAUGAGCCGGGAGGUGUCGAUGACUUUUGCGGACGUGGGCGAGAGAUACGUGGCGGCGUUGACGAGGAACUGGGUAUACAGGUUCUGAAGGCGAGCGAAACUGAUGGUUCAAGACAGCGAAUCCCCAUGAUGUAUGAGGAGGACUUGACUCAUUUUGCAAUGCAGACUACGGUCAAUGGAUAAACAACCCGACGCGGACGGCGUUUGCCGUGGAGCUUGUAUCGACCCCGCCGAACAAAGUCCGGUCUGGGUUAAUCGCCGGUUCUCGAGUGUACACCCGCUCGCAGCGAU